AUGAAGGUCACCGCAAUUGCCGCGGGAGCUGCUGCUCUCGCUCUUCCAGUACUUGCAUCCCGGGACUGCACGAAAUGCUGUUCCUCUCUGGCGAAGAUCCCUUCCCUCAAGGGGAAGAUAUAUCUGCCAAAUACCAGUGCGUACGAUGCGCGCUUGAAGACAUACUACUCGGCCAAUGCCGCCUUAGCACCCUACUGCAUGGUGCUGCCCACUUCCACAGAGGAUGUUUCUGCCAUUGCCAAGGUCAUCUCCGCGAAGGAGUGCCCCUUCGGUAUUCGAAGUGGCGCCCACUCUGCCUUCAAAGGUUCCAACGGUGUUGCCGAUGGUAUCACCGUUGAUUUCUCCUAUAUGAACGCGACCACCUACCAUCCGGAUAAGAAGGUCGCUUCCAUCCAGCCAGGAUCCAACUGGGGUCAGGCUUUUGAAGCCCUUUCCGACUACGGCGUCACCGUUGUUGGUGGUCGUGCCUCUGUUGUCGGUGUUGGUGGUUUCACCACUGGCGGAGGAUACUCAUUCCACACCAACACCAAUGGAUUCGCUUGCGAUAAUGUGGUCAAUUUCGAGGUUGUUCUCGCUGAUGGGUCCAUUGUCAACGCCAAUGCCAACGAGCACCGUGAUCUUUGGAGGGCUCUCAAGGGCGGGUCUGGAAAUUUUGGUUUUGUCACCCGCGUUGAUACUCGCACCAUUGAUCACAACCAGCUCUGGGGUGGCUUCGCUAUCUUUGACAUCACAAAGCACCGAGAUGCUGUCUUCGGGGCCUACAUCGACUUCGUCAAGGAGAUGGACAACGACCCUGCCUCACAGCUCAUUGCUUCCGUCCAGUGGGAUGGAAAGCAGCGAUCCCUCGUUGCCGUCGUCUCCAACGUCGAUGGCAUUGCGAAUGCUCCCAUCUUCGACAGAAUACUCUCUAUCCCAGGUGUCUCUAAUACCCUGAGCACCGGUGAUAUUGCCAAGCUUGUUCCUCAGUUCACUGGCCCUACUCCCCUUGGUCUCUAUGCCAACUGGAUGACUGGCCAGACCAAGAAUGACGUCCGUAUCAUGAACUUCAUCGAAGAGAAGCAUGCCGAGUAUGUCCAGAAGAUGCAAGCCGCCGCACCCGGUGCCGUCUUCAGCAUCUUGAUCUCAUACCAGCCCGUGACCAAACACCAAGUUUCUCACGGCGAGGCGAACGGCGGAAACUCCCUUGGCCUCGAGGAAGUCGUCAAGGAUGGCGACACCCUCAUGUGGCUGAUUGCGGUCACUGUUGACACCGCCGCAAACCAGGAGAAGAUCAACCACCUGACCAUUGAAUAUCGCGACGCUGCCCUUGCGUACGCCAAGUCCAUCGGCAUCCACAAGGAGUGGAAGUACCUCAACUACGCUCUCGGUGACCAGGACCCUAUCAAGAACUACGGUUCCGAAGUCGUUGACCACCUCAAAGCUACCGCGAAGAACUACGACCCCAAGGGAGUCUUCCAGAAGCUCCGCCACUCUGGCUUCAAGCUUCCCGCUUAA